CUCAAUCUUACCGCACUCAUUUUCAUCAUGUUGGCACCUAUAAGGACUGUGAGCACUGAGGUGGGGACUUGUCCUCUGCUGAUUGUUCAGCCCAGUAGAGCACUGGUGGACGAGAAGUUUCAGAUUGUCAUAAUGAAUUUACUGCCGAAUCAAAAGGUGACACUACACUCUCUGCAUCAAUCAGAGGACAAGGACUUCUGGGAGGCAUUUGGACACUACAUCAGUGAUGAAUACGGGACAGUGACAGUGGCCAAAGAUGAAAGUCUGGGAGGCACCUAUGAAGGCACAGAGCAAAUGGGGUUGCUAUGGAGCAUGAAGCCCAUACCAGGAAGUCGAUCUGGACUCCGGUAACUUAGGCUGGCAAAUUCUGAUCUGCGUAAGAUGAAUAUACUCACACCAAUAGUAAUUCACAUCUCAGUAUAUGGUGGGCAUCUGUCUCAAGGAUUCAGCCAGCAAACACCCCUGGCAACCAGUGUCAUAGAGCGCUGGUAUGUUGCGCCAGGUGUGCAGAGGGUGAACAUCAGGGAGAAUGGAGUACGAGGAACUUUAUUUCUUCCUCCAGGUCCUGGGCUGUACCCAGGAGUGCUGGAUCUGUGGGGAGGAGGUGGUGGUUUAGUUGAAUAUCGUUCUGGCUUGCUUGCAUCUCAUGGCUUUGCAUCCAUGGCACUUGAGUACCUCGGUCCAGAAGACCUGAGAACAGCUGAUGUUGAUGUGUCAUACUUUGAGAAAGCAUACCAGAUCCUGCAGAAUCAUCCAAAGGUACAGAGGGACCGUAUGGCAAUGCUCGGGCUGUCUUUUGGAAGUGCCGUCACACUCAGUAUGGCAGCCUACUCCAAAGUCAUCAAGCCCCAGUGCUGUGUGUGUAUCAGCGGAAGUCAUGUGUUUCCUGUUGAUAAAUCCCUUUUUGAAGUCUUUGAGGGAAUGAAAAAGUAUAUAGGUAGGGUACAAGUGAAUGAGGAGAACCAGGUAAUACACAGAGACAUUAUCUUGCCAAUUCCCUCAGACCCAGCUCUCAAAGUGGAUGUUGGGAGAAUAAAGUGUCCUCUUCUGUUGGUGAACGCCGGUGAUGAUCAGAACUGGGCUUCUGUUGAAUCUGCUGAAGAUAUGGAGAUAAUGAUGGAGAAAGCAGGAAAUCGAGACCUGUUGACGGUCCUGACGUAUCCUGGAGCAGGUCAUCUGAUUGAACCUCCAUACUCUCCUCACUUCCGAGCAUCUAACUUCAUCCUCCAGGAAGUGAAGGAGAAGAUUGUCAUGCUGUGGGGUGGACAGACGAAACCACACGCAUACGCACAGGAGGACUCAUGGGAGAAGAUUUUAGCAUUUCUGCGGAAGCACCUCUACUUCAGUUCAAACUUUGCAGUGAAAGCCAAACUGUAGUUCUAUCAUCUACAACUUUAUUUCAAAUAAUGUUUAUAAUGAUUAUUUUGUUGUUUUUUGUAAAAAAA